CGGGCGGGAGGCGGUGGAGGAUGGCGGUGGUGCUGAGCUCCGACCGGCUCGAGGUCUCGGUGGACGGGCUGACGCUGAGCCCUAACGCCGAGGUGCCGCACUGCGAAGCGCGGCCGGGGCAGGGGGAGCCCGCGGCGGGGCGGAGCCGAGCGGGCCCCGGCUCCCCGGGCCAGGCGGAGGUCGGCGGCGAGGCGGCGGAGGAGGCGGCGCUGAGCCUGGAGCGGCGCUGGGGCUUCGCGCUGGAGGAGCUGUACGGCCUGGCGCUCCGCUUCUUCAAAGAAAAAGAUGGCAAGGCCUUUCAUCCAACAUAUGAAGAAAAACUCAAACUUGUGGCACUGCACAAGCAGGUUCUGCUGGGACCUUACAACCCUGACACUUGCCCUGAAGUUGGAUUCUUUGAUGUGCUGGGGAACGAUAGAAGGAAGGAAUGGGCUGCCCUUGGAAACAUGUCAAAGCAGAAAGCUAUGACAGAAUUUGUGAAGCUCCUGAAUAGGUGCUGCCACUUGUUUUCAACGUAUGUCACUUCCCACAAGAUAGAGAAAGAAGAACAAGAAAAGAAAAGAAGAGAAGAGGAAGAACGAAGGCGACGUGAAGAGGAGGAGCGUGAGCGUUUACAAAAAGAAGAAGAAAAACGUAGGCGAGAAGAGGAGGAAAGACUGAGAAGGGAAGAAGAAGAGAGGAGGAGAAUAGAAGAAGAGCGACUUCGGAUGGAACAACAGAAGCAACAGAUAAUGGCAGCACUGAACUCCCAGACUGCAAUCCAGUUCCAGCAGUAUGCAGCCCAGCAGUACCCGGGCAACUAUGAACAGCAGCAGAUCCUAAUUCGGCAGCUCCAAGAACAGCAUUAUCAACAAUACAUGCAGCAGUUGUAUCAAGUCCAGCUUGCACAGCAGCAGGCAGCCUUACAAAAACAGCAGGAGGCGGUUGUGGCAGCAACAGGGACACCCCUGACUACUGCAUCAAAGGUGAAUGCACCUGCCCCAGGGGACACCCCAUCCAUUAACGGGCAGGCCAGUGCACAUGCAGACAGCCCUGAAAAAGAGCUGGAUCCAGAGGCUUUGGAAGAAGCGCUGGAGAAUGGACCAAAAGAUUCCGUUCCGGUGAUAGCUGCCCCAUCGAUGUGGACACGACCCCAGAUAAAAGACUUCAAGGAAAAAAUCCGGCAGGAUGCAGACUCUGUGAUCACAGUGGGCCGAGGAGAAGUAGUUACAGUUAGAGUACCAACCCACGAAGAGGGGUCUUACCUCUUUUGGGAGUUUGCUACAGACAAUUAUGACAUUGGUUUUGGGGUGUAUUUUGAAUGGACAGACUCCCCUAAUACUGCAGUCAGUGUGCAUGUCAGCGAAUCCAGUGAUGAUGAGGAUGAAGAAGAAGAAAAUACUAGCAGUGAAGAAAAAGCCAAAAAGAAUGCCAACAAGCCUCAGCUAGAUGAAAUAGUGCCUGUGUACAGACGAGACUGUCACGAAGAAGUGUAUGCUGGCAGCCACCAGUACCCAGGGAGAGGAGUUUAUCUUCUUAAAUUUGACAACUCCUACUCUCUAUGGAGGUCAAAAACAGUUUACUACAGAGUUUAUUAUACUAGAUAAAGGUGUGGCUGUGUCUGGGCUGUGCAGAAGAUGUCAUUUUAUUUGGAAUUUUCUUCAAGCAUAAUGGAUCCUUUUGAGUCUGUGUUUUAUCCUGUCUGUAUCUGUAUGGUUUGUGUGAACUUUAACAAGUAGACACUGGGAUCUUCCUGCUCCAUGACACUAAUGCAUAUUGCAUUGGGCUUAACACAGGAUCUCCCUAGCCCUUUUGGGUAUUGGAGUUAACCAAUGGAAGUCAUUGGCUCCAAUGCUAAGGUCACAUCAGUUGCAUUUGUUACAGCCUCAUGAAAAAGGGGGAGGGAGUUGCUGGCUCACUGGCUGGGUGAUCUGAUGUUUCCAGGUCUGGAUGCUUUGAAUAACUUGUUAACGGUUAAUUUAAAGGUCCCAUCAAUAACUGGUAGAUUUGGAUGCAGUUUGCUGUGUAGCAAGUUUCUCUUAACUGUAAUUGAAUGUCAGAUUUUUACACCAUUAAAACUUGAAACUUUAAGUUGAUGCAGUUUAGAAACAAGUUGUCUCGCUUCUGUCCUCAUCAAAGAAGAAACAUUCAGUUCCUUGAACCAGUGUAGUGGCUAAGACAGGGAUGAACAGCAUCCUGAAAGUACAGCAAAUAACCUCUCCUGAAGAUGUAAACUGAGUGACAAUUUAUAAUAUAUGUAACAAGAAGAACCUUAAUCUCUCUGCCCCGCUGUUAACCCUAGAAUAGACAAAGUCAUUUUUUGAGGCAAUUGACUUUGAACCAGGGCACAAACAAUUUCUAAGUUUGGUGGGUUUUUAAUGGGGUAGACUUUAAAAAAAAAAAACAAAACAAACAACAACAAACCAAACCAAAACAAACCAACAACAAACUAACUACAAACCUGAAAACAGUUUUCUGUACCAUGUUCUGGUUUGUCUGUUUUUGUAAAACCUGAAUAAGCACGUUGUGCAUCUGCAGAACAGUAAGUCACUUUGAUAAAGUAUAGGAAUUAAUGUUGCACUAAUUAUGGAAAUCACUGCCAGUCCAUUUUAGUCUGAGCUGGUGAUACGUGGGCGCAAACUUUCUGCUUUAAUCUGUAAAUGUCUGCAGAAAGGCAGAGUGCACAUACAGAUACUUAAUAAUGUAGCUUUAAUCUCAGUUUCAUAUGGUUUGGUUGGGGCAUUUCAUAUUUUGUAUUGUGGAAAAAUGCAGGUGGCUACCUGACUUGAGGCUGCAGAAGGAACCUGCUGUCCUUGGAGCCCUGCGCCCCAGGGGUGAGGUGUUGGCAGUGAUGACUUGCACAAGUGCUCUCUGCAUGGGUAACUGAAAAGAAACUUGGUAGCUAAAAGAAAACGGUUACUUUGAGUGUCUCAGAUCAGUUCUUGCAGUAGGACUCCCGUUGAUUAGCUGCAGUGUGUACAGUUCCACGGCAGAUGAUACUAAGUUUGUGGGAUUUGUUUGAAUAAUCAGUUUGUACAUACAUAAUACUUUACUUUUCUCAUACCAACCAUGGAGAUACUUCUCCUAGAGUGUUUAACUUGUCAUCUUGCGUUUGGUUCAGCAACACCAUACAAGCUUAUAGCUAGUUAGUGCUGCUUUAUCCAAAAACACUGUACAAUGUUCUGCUCUUGUGUACAUACAGUAUAUAAACCAUGAAUUUAGAAAGUACCUUGCUUUUAAAGAAAACUGUAUUUAAUGUAAAAAAAAACAACCAAAAAAAACCAAAAAAAAACAAAAACUUUUAAAAAGGCAGGCACUAAUAUAUUUCUUCUGGUCUUCAAUUUAAAUUUUUUUUGUCCAUACAAAAAUGUUAUAACUUUUUUCUCUAAGAAUAUCUGUUCUUGGGAGUGGUGUUUGUCGCUUUAAAUGGCAGCACUUACUGUCAUGUGUUGGAUGUUAGAACUUUUAUGUUUUCAGACUUUUUUUUUAUUGCCUUUGGCUGUUGGUUAGUACAGUACAAGUGCGAUUUCAAGAUACCUUGAGAUAGUAUUUAAUCCUAAUUAAAAUACAUUUAUCUGUAA